UGGAAAUAGCAGGGGCUUCUACUGAAAAUAUUAACCCGUCUAUUUGAAAAGCGAUGGCUGCCUUUGAAAUCUCUCCUCAAUGCAUCUAUACUUAGCCCCGGGCAGGGAGCGCCCGCCAGGGCUGUGAGGGGUGGGCUGGGGGAGGGUUCCCAGCCGUGCCCCCGAGCGCUCGGCAGCGGGGCCGGGCCGCUGCUCCCGAGCCCCCACCUGGCGCCCCUUCGCUGCCCCCCGAACUCACGGCAUUUCGGGAGAGGAUGCAAAGUUGGGUUGUAUUUUUUUCCGUUUGUUUUUGGUUUUUUUGUUUUGUUUUGUUUUUGGGGUUUUCUUUUGGUUUUUUUUUAAUUUUUUUUUCUAAUUUGUCUCCCACCUCUCGUCCUCCCUCCCCUUCUAAAUGGGAGAUGUUCUCAGGACAGCGCCCGAGAGACUGGUUGGAAUCAGUUUUGGAGGGUGAUACACCGCGACAGCUAAAAGUUGGAUAAGGUUUCAGCAGCUCCUAUAUAAAGCAGGGGGGACUUAUGUCACUGCACUAAUUAAAUUCCAUCUGGGUUGUUCCUCGGGGUGUUUUUGAGAUUGCCACCCAACUCAAGCAGGCAGAGGGGCCCAGAGACAGCAUGAUGGACCUUUUUGAAACUGGCUCCUAUUUCUUCUACUUGGACGGGGAGAAUGGAGCCCUGCAGCAGCUGGAGAUGGCUGAGGGAUCCCCGCUAUACCCGGGCAGCGAUGGCACCUUGUCUCCAUGUCAGGACCAAAUGCAGCCGGAGGCCGGCAGCGACAGCAGCGGCGAGGAGCAUGUGCUGGCACCCCCGGGACUACAACCCCCUCACUUCCCGGGCCAGUGUUUGAUCUGGGCUUGUAAAACUUGCAAGAGAAAGUCGGCCCCCACGGACAGACGGAAAGCAGCCACCCUGCGGGAGAGGAGAAGGCUGAAGAAGAUCAACGAAGCCUUCGAGGCUCUGAAAAGGCGGACUGUGGCGAACCCCAACCAGAGGCUGCCCAAGGUGGAGAUACUGAGGAGCGCCAUCAGCUACAUCGAGAGGCUGCAGGAGCUCUUGCACAGGCUGGAUCAGCAGGAGAAAAUGCAGGAGAUCGGGGGGGACCCCUUCAGCUUCAGCCCCAAGCAGGGAAAUAUCCCCAGCUCGGACUUCCUGAGCACCUGCAGCCCCGACUGGCAAAGCGUUUCGGACCAUUCCCGAGCCCUGGGAGCCAGCCCCAAAGAAGGAGUCUCCGUUGUCGAGUCGUCGGCCUCCAGCAGCCUUCGCUGCCUCUCCUCAAUAGUGGACAGUAUUUCUUCCGACGAUCCCAAACUGCCCGGCGCGGAGGAAGCGGUGGAGAAAUAAACCGGGUUUUGUGGUAGGGUAUUUAAUGGAGAUGGAGCCGCCACCCUCUCCCCUAAACUAAGUAACCAAGCAAAUUCACACAGUGGACAGCCCAAGCAGGGGCCUUUUUAAGAUCGAAUCAAGGUACACUUACCCCAAAGAAAAUGGCUCCCACUGACUCGACCCAGACAGACUUCGAGCCAGACAGAUUUCCCUCUUGCCUUCUUUUUUCUUUUUUUUUCGAGAUCUUUAAAUUGUGUUGCAUAUACCUUCGCCCUCUUUUUUUUAUUAUUUUUUUAAUUUUUUUUUUUAAUUUAAGAUACUUACCUGUGUACCGGUGAUCCGUUUUGUCUGAGACUCACCGGGAAGUUCAUUCCUGUCUGAGUGAAGCUCGUGGUUGCAUUGCGUGUGAGUCAUAUUUAAAGAGUUCCCGCCUCAUUUCGUUCCUGUAAAUAAUUUCUGUACUGUUUUUUCUUUUGUAAACAUAACAUAUAUAUUUAAAUGGUGGAAUGUGAUAUUGUAUAUAAGAACAGAUGGUUUUCUUGGAUUGUAAAAUAAAGCCCUUUGUGUUACAGUGUUUUCCUCCCGUCCUCUUAAUAUCAUAAAAUAACCCGACCCCGGAGUUAAAACCCGCCACUGACUUCAGCGAGAUGAGGGCCACAAGAGUCAGGCCCAUGUAGCAGAAGCAGACCCGUGUGACUGGAGGCAGGACACGGGACAGAUUUUUCCUUCGUUUACUAAGGAGCGUCUCUCCCCGUUGAGGGCCGCACUCGAGGUGUGAAUCACCCGUGGGCUCCCGGGGAAGCCGGGCGGGCUCGGGUGGGUGCACGGACAGACCGUCCGGCCGUCCGCAGCGCUCCGCGGCUCGUUCCUCGCCCUGCCUGCGGAACGCACGUCCCCCUGGAAAGCGAUAGUGCUCCCCUGAAAUGUCCAACAGUGCCGCUCGAGUACUUUGCCAGGCAAAGAUGCUUCGCCGGCCUUGCCCUGCACGUGGAAGGUGAAGCUAGAAACGGGGCAUGAAAGAAGAUACCCCCGCCCGUCGUCCUCCC